AUGAGCUAUCCUACUCCUCUUACAACUAAAGUCAGCAACCCUCGUUUGAGGCUGCUUAACAAGCUGAAGGGUGGAGAAUUUCCAUUGAUGACAUUCAUGGCUAUUCCCUCCGUACGCAUGGCCCAAAUUGUUGCCCUGACGGGGGUGGAUGGCAUCAUCAUCGACUGCGAACACGGCCACAUAGGAGACGACGCAAUGCAUAAUUCUGUUGCCGCUAUAUCAUCCCUCGGGGUAUCCCCCAUUAUUCGGAUUCGUGGCCCCGCGCAUGAUAUUAUCAAACGAGCCUUGGACACUGGCGCACACGGAAUCAUGGUCCCACAGAUCAAUAAUGCCGCAGAGGCAGAGCAAAUUGUCGCUUCUUCCAAAUUCCCGCCUCAGGGUGUACGUGGCCAGGGAUCAGCCUUCCCUGCCAUCGGGCAUGGCCUAACGACCCCGGAAUACAUGAAGACCGCAAACGAAACCAUUGUCACAAUGAUUCAAAUUGAGACACGCGCAGGGGUUGAGAACGUGGAAGCCAUUUGUGCCGUUCCUGGGGUGGAUCUUGUCUUCAUCGGGCCCAAUGACCUCGCACAGUCCCUUCUUGGAUAUGUUCCCGCCAGAGGGGAUGAGCCAGAGUUUGUUGCUGCGAUCGAUAAGGUGGUCGCGGCUGCACAAAAAUCUGGCAAAUGGGCCGGACGUAUGGUGAAUAAUGGAGCAAUGGCAAAAGAGGCCAGAGCGAGAUACGAUAUAGUUGCCAUAACCGGUGACACAAAAGCGAUUCAGAAUUGGUAUAUGUCAGAGUUUGACGUCGCUCGGUCUUGA